UGUGCAUACAAAAUCAUCUCUAAAUAAUUCAUUCUCUUUUCUAUUUUUUCUCUCUUAAACUUUUGAGAUUCUGCAAAAAUGGGUUCAAGUUCGAGCUGGACACCAAAGCAAAACAAGUUGUUCGAAAAUGCUUUGGUAAUUUACGACAAGGAAAGUACGGACCGGUGGCAGAACCUGGCCAAUGCUGUCGGAGGCAAAACCGUGGAGGAAGUGAAGAUGCAUUACUACAAUCUUGUUGAAGACAUCAAGCAGAUUGAGUCUGGCAAUGUGCCUUUACCCCCUUAUGGUAAGAAACCAGGAGGAGGUAGCAAAGGAUAUAAUUGCAUGGAUGGUGUCCAAAGGAUGAGGAAUCUAAGGCUUCACUGAAGUUGUACCUUCAUGUACUUCUUUUCCAUAUACGUGCUUCGGGUUUUUCACUAUUAUAAGGACAAUAUUUUUAAAAGUAUAAAUGUAUAUCCGAUUAAUUAUAAUUUAAGAUUAAAUCAAUGUAAAAUAUAACAGAUGAAGAAUCGUAAAUAAAAGAAUAUACAUGUGUUGAGAUUGAA